AAACAGCUUAAAAUUUAAUCUAAUCAAACACGAAUAGAUCUGAUGCUUUGAGUAAUUUAUGACUAAUUGGCCCAGAAUGUAACGAUAAAGUAAUUAUUGUACGAAAUUCGAACGUAUGUAUCAAGUUGGAAAAAAUUUCAGGAGCAGCUACAGAGAGCAACUUUGGAGAAUAGCUAAUUCUUUGCAUUUGCAGUUACACUGUUUGGAGAGUGUAGUUAUGUCACACGACGCGACGUCUAGCUUCAUUCAGCUUCGGCAUUUCUGUAUAAGUUUGAAUUUCAAAAAGAGUCUAAAAAAACAAUCUUAAAACUACAAAUAGCAAAUCAAUCGACGUCACAGUUACUUUCAAAAUAGGAUUUGACCAAUAUUUUGAGGCGAUCCUGUAUAUAUAUGUUUAGUCAGUUUAGUGAGGAAACAAAAAUCCCAACGUUUAUUUAAAAAUGCUACAAGAAGAUUCCAAUGGAGAAACAUUUGAAAUAAUUGACAAAAAGUUGGAGGAUAUUCCUAACGCCAUUGACAAGACAGAAUCUUUGAGUAGCAUGUCAUCAUCCGCAUCUUUGUUGCCUUCUCCGGGCAUGUCAACUGCAAGUGCCUCCAAUUCGACAGGAAACCUACUAUCAAGCGUCGCACCGCCAUCUGCAUUGCCCAACUUUGUAUCACCAAUACCAACUCCAAAGCCUGUGACUAGCGUACCAGCACCAACUCCGUUACCAUCGCACUUAAUUCAGCCUACGUCGAUUCCCAGUUCACAACUGCCACCACAGCCUACUCGACCUCAGUCAGGUACAACCAUAAACAUUCAACCUGUUGCGGAACAAUUUUAUCCAACACAGUUUAAUGCUGCUAUACCACCUAGUAAGGGUGUUCAACAUGGGGUCACAUUUGAAACACAACUUUCCACAGAGGAUUCUGGAGGUUUUAUUGGUUGGAUGAAGGGUGCUGUCUCAAGCGGAGGAAUUCUAUCUCGGGUAGCUGAAAAGGCAAAAAAUUCUGUCGAUUCUAUGAUAACAACUUUAGAUCCUCAAAUGCGUGAAUAUAUUUAUUCGGGUGGUGAUUUAGAUAUAUUGGUUGCAUCUGGGCAAGAAAUUAAGAUAAGCGCCAUUAGAGAGGCAUUUCAGACUAUAUUUGGAAAAGCAACUAUUGAAGGCAUUGAUGUGCAGUCUAAUACUAUCGCCGUACAACCUGUAGGAUUUGCCGCAGGAAUUAAAGCGGCAGAGGAGCGGUUAGAGGCAGUUUUUAAAAAUCCGAACGUUCAAGCGGUACCGGUUGUGGGUAUAGAAAACUUUUUACUGGAAGUUGGAGAAGAUACGUGGUAUGACUUAGGUGUAUUAAUACUAAAGGAUCCAGUGCGGCAAAUUACUCUCCAAACAUUUACUCAAAUGACCCCAGUCCCAACUGCGGUUGUGUCGUUAGCUCAAGAAGAUACUCCUUUGGAUUAUCCAUUAAAGUGGUCGGGCUAUUCGGUUACCAUUGGCAGCCUUAUGGGUAAGAAUUUAGGGGUGCAUCAUAGCGAAUGGCAUCAGGCCUUAACUGGAGUUUCGAGACGAGAUAUGAUCGUUUCAGCUGCCAAGGCUUUAGCUACAUUAUAUAAAAGUAGUAUUGUAAGCGAUUAAAAGUAUCUGCGAUAGGCUUUCUUCUAUGUUUAGGUGUAAUAUAUGUAUAACUAAUCUUAGUAUGCUCGAUCCUUGUUCACAUUUCUGGUGACAAUUUACCAAUUUUAUCACACAAUUAUAUCAUUAUUUAAUAUUUCAACACCACUGUAAUUCAACUUUUUUCAUUGUGAAUGGGACCUACUCAAAGUGAGUAUUCAGUAAAGCCAGCGGCUUCAUUUCUACAGUCAUUGCAGUUCUUUGUUUAUAAAACAAGGAAUAGACCACCAGCGUUUAGUGGAGUAUCACUUUUAUUGUGAAUCUUGUACAGAUGUAAAAUAAAUAACUUAACCCCCA